GAGAGAGAGAGGAUGAAGAAAGAGAACAGAGAAGACAGCAGCACAAAACGGGACAGUGUACUGUUGCGUACUCGUUGUUUCGCACUAAGUAAAUCAAAUAAUAUAUUUUUUAUUCUCAUGUGGUGAUAAUAUAUGCAAAGCCUUUUGCUUUUUGUACGCUAUGAAGUGUGUUCUGGUCUAGCUUUGGAGUCUAACGUAACUAUACAUGAUCCUGAACCGUGCGAAAGGCGCAACGCACAGCAUGCAAAGCGUAAGCGAACGACUUAAAAGUAAAAGUUAUUUUGGAUACUCGACUUGAAACGGACUGGCGACUUUGAUUUGAAGUCUCCCGCGUGAUGAAAUGAUGAAAACCUGCAACUUCAGCUUGAUCUUCAUUUGGACUGAAUCCUUUCAUCUGGACUAACGCCUUCACGAGGACAACACUCAAAACAAGAGCUUGUACAGCUUAUGGUGUUCUAGAAAACUUUCUACAAACCAUUCGCAGCCAUCAGUGGAUCUACAGGAAAUAAAGAAAUAUUCAGUCCCAUUAGUCUGAAACAGCAAAGCCUUUGCAGACCAACAGGAGAAUAAAUUAAAAAGUCUUCCAGCAGUUCACAAGACCCGAAAUUGAAGGAUCUUCAGUUCUCAUGGUAGAAUAAGAGACCAUAAAGAAAAUAAUGAGCAGUGAUUUAAGGGCUAAAGGAAUAUUUUUAUAACUCAAAUUCAAACGCAAAGGUUAAAACUGCUUCCUUGUUUGUUCUGUGGCAUUUAAUUUUCUGCGCACGUCAACAUACUGCACAAAAAAAACAAACAUUAGAAACAGUCACAGUAUCUUUAGCCAUGAAUUACUGCUCACAUUUAUCAGCCAUGACCUUCACAAAGGCAAAGUAUCACCAAUAUCUAAAACUGAUAAACUAAAUUACUUUUUUACUCAACAUGUUUUCACGGAUUAAUUGAUCCUUUAUGCUUAGAAUCAUGCAUAGAUGAUAUGAAGUGCUGGUGAACCAUGCAACAUGGAUUUGGUAAACAGCUCAGAUGAGUUCUUCCUCAUCAACGCCACAGUCAGUCCCACAACCCUGGAGUCCUGGGAUGACGCUACACUCCUCAGCCUUCAGAUCUCCAUCUCUGCGAUGCUAGCCAUCGUCACUUUGGCCACCGCUCUGUCCAACGCUUUCGUGAUCGCCACCAUUUUUCUCACACGCAAACUUCACACCCCUGCUAACUUCUUGAUUGGCUCUCUCGCAGUGACAGACCUCCUGGUAUCCAUUUUAGUCAUGCCGAUCAGUAUUGUGUACACGGUCAGUAAGACUUGGACCCUGGGUCAGAUCGUAUGCGAUAUAUGGCUAUCAUCUGACAUAACUUUCUGCACGGCUUCCAUUCUGCACUUGUGCGUUAUCGCGCUCGACCGAUACUGGGCCAUUACCGAUGCACUGGAAUACUCGAAGCGUCGCACCAUGCGGCGAGCGGCUCUGAUGAUCGCCGUAGUGUGGGUGAUCUCCGUCUCCAUCUCAUUGCCUCCUCUCUUCUGGCGGCAGGCGAAGGCCCACGAGGAGCUUACGGAGUGCAUGGUCAACACCGACCAGAUCUCCUACACGCUCUAUUCCACAUUUGGCGCAUUUUAUGUUCCCACGGUCCUCUUGAUGAUCCUCUACGGGCGUAUCUAUGUGGCGGCUCGCUCCAGGAUCUUCAAAACGCCGGCGACCAGAGGAAAGCGGUUCACUGCUGCUCAGCUCAUCCAGAACUCUGCGGGUUCUUCGCUGUGCUCGCUGAACUCCACUUCUAAUCAGGAGGGACAGCAUCAUCCUGGAGGAGGAGGAGGAGGAGGUGGUGGUGGAGGUGGGGGAGGAGGGUCUCCUCUAUUCACGAACAGUGUGAAAGUGAAGCUGGCUGAUAGUGUGCUUGAAAGAAAGCGUCUAUGUGCCGCUCGGGAGAAGAAGGCCACCAAGACUCUUGGGAUUAUCCUGGGUGCGUUUAUAGUGUGUUGGCUCCCGUUCUUCGUGUUUACGCUGGUGAUGGGGGUCUGUAAAGACUGCUGGUUUCAUCCUGUGCUCUUUGAUGUGUUCACCUGGCUGGGGUACCUCAACUCGCUCAUCAAUCCAGUCAUCUACACUGCCUUCAAUGAUGACUUCAAACAAGCCUUCCACAAACUCACCAAGUUUAAAAGAUGCUACUGAUGUUACACGCCUCUCAUGUGUUUUGACACGUUCAUGACUUAAUUAGAGGAUUUCUGCAGAAAAAUUUGAAUCCUGUGAACAAUCAUCGUUCAUCUGCUGUCGAGAACCCAACGUACCUUGCCGUUCGUUUUUUUUAAGUGAGCUCCUAAACACGCACAUAGUGUCUGGUUGAUGUAUAUUACUGUUCUCAUGAGACAGAUUGUAAAAUAUUGUGCCAUAUUGUUGAUGCUUCCUCGUAGUUUAUGAAUGCAUGCAAAGAUUAUGAAUCCUUCGCUAGAGAGCGACGUUCUACUGUCUCUGUAACUAAUAGCUGUCUAUAAACUGCCUUAUUUACCAGAAACAGACCAAUAUUAAUAUGAAAGACUAUUUAUUUAAAAAUAACUCAAAUAAAUAAAGGUUGCUGUUCCAAAGUCCAACAAAUAUAUGGGUCCCCUGAGGACAAAGCUGAAGUUCAUGGACAUUAGCAUAGACUCCCUUAAUAAAACUGUUCAUUAUAUAAGAUUAAACAAAGCUUUAGAUUUUGUGGUUUUGUAUUUUUGUGUGACAGAACUUUGGUGUCAGGUUUGAUGUCAGAGUUUGAGGAGUUUUAUGAUCAUGAAGAUGAAAAACAGGCUUUGGGCUAUGUGGCUCAUUUCAGGACAUGAUGCAGCAGAAAGAGAGCAUAUAAUGAUCAAAAGUUCAAAUUCCGGAUGUACCUGAUGAGAGAGAAUGAUGUGUUUUGACACAAGGUGCAGCUUUAGCUCAUUUCUAGAAAAAAAAGUGCUACUGAAGGAAUUUUAUGAUGUGAAGGUCAUUAUUUCAUCAAAUAUCCCAAUAACGCACCUCUGACUGCAGUGGUAUAUAUGAAUAAUGGCAUCCAGGAAAUUGGCAAACGUUGCCCUCCCAUCACUCUUUCUUAUGAUGAAGGUCAGAUGUGUUGGUUCAAAAGUUUUUUUUUGAUAAGAAAACACAGCAAUAAGAGACUAGUAGACCUGAGUCAGACAGGAAAUAAUGAGGCAUAUCCCCUGAAUGCGUUGCCUGCAGGUUCUCAAACAGCAUUUGAGAGUGCGGGGUAAAGCUGUGCUGGGCUGUUUGGUCGAGAUAGAUGGUCUGUAUAUUCACAGUCUGUAUAUCAACAGAAAAAGCUCUCUCUCAAGCUAUGCAGCAAGGAUGAGGUUACACCCCAUAAAAUAGAUCUUUAGAGGCUCAUUAUCAUUCAGAACCAUCAGUAAAUCUAAACACGAAUGCUUUCUGUCGCUAGUAUUCCGUCGUGUGUUUGGUACAUGAAGGCUGGUGCGAUGUGUGUGUGAUGUUUAUCAGAGUAUGGCCACCAUGAGAUGGACUAGAAGAUCAAAUAGAUACAUCUUUGUGAUGUAGAGGAGGUACAGUCUGAAAAAAAUAUAUAUAUAUACAUGGUGGGGGCUUUCCAUUCACUAUUGCAUCUAUUCUAAGAUUUCCUAUCCUCUAAAGUUACACUGAAAUACUAUUUUUGUAGGAUUUUCUUUGAAACAGCUUAGUUCAGAAAGUUACAAAGAAACAUCAUGUAAACAUGCCAAUUUUUCAAGCAGAAAGACUGAUAUAGCAUUUUAGCAUUAGCAUAUCUUCAUAUAUAUUCUACAGUAUGCUCGUUCCUGGGCACCCCCCAACACCGCAUAUUUUGUAUGUCUCCCUUAUGUUACACACAUUUCAGGUUCAUUUAUCAAAUAUUUACAGAUUUAUUGUUUUUUCUUUUAAUAAAGUUCUGUAUUAAUGCUGUCUGAGAUGUUCACAAUUCCUUAGGAGAAAGACAAAUUAUUGACAUACAGCAAGACUACUGGGCUGUACAAUUAAUAUGGAUAACAUGGCUCUCAUUAUUUGGUCUUGAAAAAUUUAAUAUUUGAGCUCAUAUCUAAAUUUCUAAUUAUUACUUGCACAGAAACUGAAAAAUCUCGCCAAAAAAAACACUUAUGAAAAAAAGAAAAUCUUAGUUUGAACUUUAUUGCUGUCCAGGAAAAGCAAUGAUGAUAUUUGCUAUAUUUCGUUGACAUCUUACUUAUGGCUUUUUUUUUGUUUGUUUUUUCGGGGCAGUUCCAAGGCAAAUUAUCUAUAAAAGUUGAAACGUGAAAUUUAGAUAUCUGAAUUUAUCUAUAGUGUUAUAUAACCUUCAGACUACACAUUAUAUUUGUUUUAUAUUAAUUAUCAUACAAUUCAUAUAAUAUAUAUUAUAUAAGUUUAUUUGCUAUUUCUAGCUCUAAUUAUAGCAAUUUUCAUUACGUAAUUUCAAAUAGCAAUUUUUUCACGUUUAAUACUCCAGUUCAUAUUCAAUUGAAAACCAGGACAUGAAUUGGACCUUAAAAUGCAUUCUUAAUUGAGUUCUAAACAGCUGAAUCUACCCCAAGCUUUCUAAACUUGCAAUUCUUCGGUAAAAACAUUCCUUCUGCCUUCCUAUAAUUUUCUCACGCUUUGCCUUUUCGCUUGAUGCAUUAUUCAUUUUCACUUCGGUGCUCGCAAAACAAAUUUGCAAAUGAAUUAACUCUCAUAAAUUAAGACGCAUGCAUUUUAAAACAGUAUCAGUAAACAGAGCCUAUUAAACACAGCAACAAAUGAGUUUAUUGAUUUGCAAAACGAUAUUUACUAGUGUGAGCAGAUGAAAAACCAUGUGUAUGGCUCCCGAGGACCUGUUUCUCUUCGUUUCACGCUUUCAGCGGGAUUCUCUUUUCUUUCUGAGCUGAAGCAGGGUGUCGUGAGAGAGAGCACUCAAUAAGUGAAAGGUAAUCACAGGUGACACAGAGACGCAAUUAGCUAGAUAUCUCCUGAUUUCAGCCUCAGGAAGCGUUUAAAUCGACAGCAUCGCUGAAUCAAUUUAAAGCAAAUGGAAAUGUAAAUUACAAACAGGCAUUACGGUUGGGGGGUCCGAGUGGAGAGACGGCCUGACACCUCGCUUUAAAGGAAAAUGGGCUAGGAGCUUCAGAUAACGUUAAGUCUGCACUGAAACGGGUUGGAGUGGGUCGGCAUGCAUUUAACCUCGCUGGGUGGUGUCUGUCUGUCGGCACUUAGAGGAAACAGAGAUAUGGAAAAAGAAGGAGACAAGGGACAAACAAAACGCUUGCACCCACAGAGGAGAGAUACGGGGUUUAAAUGAGGACAACAUUGAACAUUACCAAACACUUGCAUGCACAGGGAGCACCGAACAAAAACACACAGACAGGAGGGAAAAGGACAGCCAAGAAAACAAACAGAGUUUGCCCUUUGAGUGCACAUCGAUGAGACGUCUCCCUCUGAGAGACAUAACUAGUGCCUCAAGAACUGCUGCUGGGGAAAGACACAAGCACUAAAGCUGUGGACGAUGUGAACAUGAAUCAAGAAGAGAUCCCUCUUUUUCUCUUCAGAACGACUUUUUGCCCCCAAUGACUCCAAUGGUUUAUGAUUUUUCAAAUUAAGCUAUUAUUUACUUGAAAAAGUUUACCACUUGUCAGACGUUUGCAGACUUUGUUUUUGUCUGGUUUCACCUUGGCAAAGGCAUAUAUAAAAACAUAUUUUUGAAAUACGAUAACAUGUGUCAUAAGUGUGCCGUUAUACUGUGUAACAUUAGCAAUCAAAAGUUUUUAUUUACUUUACUUUUUUACUUUUAUUAUUAUUAUUUUUUUUUAAGAAAUCUCUUAUGCUCACCAGAAACCAAGGCUGCAUGUGAGGACAUCCAUAUUGUAACACAUUAUUACAAUUUAAAAUAAGUGUUUUAUAUUUUCUUAUAUUUUGAAUGUAUUUUAGUUCCUGUGGUUAUGUUAAAAAUAUUUUUGUGUACUUUUUCUAAUACCAUUAAUGUCCUUACUGUCACUUUUACUCACUUUUUAAUGCAUCGAUACAGCAUAAUAGUAUUUAAUAUUAAUAAUUACAUAUUCAAUUCUGUUUUAUUUUUAUAUAAAACGUACAUUCAAAUAAUCAAUUUCUUUUAAAUUGUAAUACUAAUUCACAAUAACACUGUUUUUCAAAUAGCCUAGUUGAGCAUAAUUUAGGUUCAAAAAUGUUAAAAAUGUAUCAACCUCAAGCUUUUGAACAGUGAUAUAAUAUAAUAUUUAUUGCGUUCAUUAUUGUCCUAUUGUUUUCAUUUAACUGUAUGUAAAAAAAGAGAAGCAUUUUCCAUAAAGCAUUUCUAAAACAACUGCUAAUUAUGAAGCACGACAGCAGUAAUGAUGAUGGUUCUCUCUGAAAUCCAUCACAGCACAGACUGAUCUGGCUGAGGAAGUUUUGCUUACAGACAGGAGGUACUCAGUUGGGUAUGCUUCUAAUAAGACUCCCUCUCAUUCCCAGUUAUUACAAAUAAUCAAGGGACACCACAUGAGCCUAGUGGUGUUGUCUUGACAAAUGACUUGACUAGAAAGCAAAUCUACGACAGAUGAAAGGGGAGUUUCGAAAGAGAGCAAAAAUAUUGCGCCAGCACACAGAAUUGAGUGGGAGAACCUGAUGAAGAUCAGUAGCCACCGAUUCAGAGAUAAUAAUAAUUAUAGAACAAAAGGUUACUGCAGUCUGACAUUAAAAAAGGGCUUCUGUCACUAUCACAUUGUUGCAUCAUGAAAAGGGUACUUCACUCUUGGGAAGAGAGGGUUAUUAGUCAUUAUCAUAAGAAAAAAAACAGUUGGUACUUAAAUGUAUGAAAUAUUCUUCGUUUGCUUUCAUUUCCUUUGCUUUUACUUUUCUUUUAAUGACCAUGGAUUUUCUUUAAAGGAAUAGUUCAAUCAAAUCUCCUCAUGUCAUUACAAACCUGUGACUUUCUUCCAUGAAAGUUUAGUCAAAUUUUUGCAUCUCUUUUCCAUGGAAUAAAAAAAUACAUUUACUAUGGGUUGUCAAGCCAAAGAAGCAUCAGAAAAUUGGCCUAUAUGAUUUUUGGAGAAAUAUAUGGGACAAAAAACGAAUUCAGAAUAAGUUGGAAAUACUGUUAACAACAACCUGGACCUGUGUGUGCUUUUUGUGCAACAUCGUUUUUACAUGCCUUCCUCUAAAACACAGGUCCAAUAUGUAAACCCUGUCACAUUUUAUUACAUUGCUAUUAUUAUUACACAUGCCCAGCAGCAAAUCCAACCCUAAACCGAUAGUGUUAGCAAAUUCAAAACUGCAUUUGUUGAUGAAACCAUGUCAUUUCAACUUCCUUUUACGCAUAUUUGAACUGUUUUGUCAAACCGUAGCUACACAGGAUUUGAACUGGAGCUCCUCGCUUCUCAGUCUCUGUACUCUGUGAUCUACCGUCUAUGAAAAGCCAUAGAUACGAAGCUGGAUAUGCAGGAUGUGAACAAUCGAAAGCCUCGGUUUUCAAAUCUCCCAGCAUAUUAAUAUUGUUUUAGGUUGUAACAUGAUAUUCUUCAAGUAGCUAUGCGAAAAUGACACGUUAUUAAUCGAGAUGU